ACAUGCAUAAACACGCACGAUUUGACAAGGAAUUCGAAUGUCAGAAUAUUUACAUUGUAACACAAUAGGUACAAUAAGUCUAACAGGCGAGUCAUAACAAGACCUCACACCCUGUAGACACUAAUAGGAAAGUAUUAUACGUUCUGGCACAGGCGCAUGAUAACUGAACUGGUCUUGAUCACGUCGUUCAGUCGGCCUUAUCAUACCACGCAUGCUGCCAGCCGCUAGCUCACUCCUCCCUCAGCCAGGCACUCCACCAACACACCUAGACACCUUUAUAUAGUGCUUCAAGCUCUGCCUGGUUAGUGUCAACUUGUCACAAGUGAUAUUAUUUGUAAAAUUCUUGAGAGUAACCAGUGCAUGAAAAUGGUUGAAACUGCUUGUCUGACCCCAUAUCAAGGCAAAAGGAGAGCGUGUGGAAUGUUCCAUUGUAAAAAAUGUGAUAAACAUUGGUUCUCUGCUAACUCCUGGGCCAACUGUUACCAAAAAUGCUUAAGUUGUAAUGGCAAGAUAUAUCCUUAUAGACAGUUUCCACCUUUGAAAGGGAGUGGUCCUCGUAUAGGUAUACCCCAACAUCCACAAAACAUGUGUCAAAAAUGCAAGGAAAUAGGCCGGUUCUGUGGGCGUUGGGAACUCUUUUCCCAAAGAUGAGCAUAAUCUACAAUUUAAAAUAUACAAUACUGUAUAUGUUAAUAUGCAGUAUUAAAUUAUUUGGUAAUGUUUUAUAUAUUUUUAAGUAAAGAAAUGUAUGUGUGUUUUUUAAAUAAAUAUUUUAUAAAAUCUUA